AAGCAGGCAGCAUUUCUCUCAAGAGCCCUCAGUGUGAUUCCACGGCCUGAAAAAAUGUAACAGUGAUGGGCUUUCUUAUCAUUUUGCUUUUGCUUUCCAUUGGAUCUUCGGAGACACAGGUUGUUGUUACCCACUCUCUUCCUGGAAACAGGUAUAAUGUAACAACCCCUUCCAUUUCUGCUACAGUAUAUAGUGUGCCUGUUAGUAAGACAGUGACAACCAAUAUAACAAAACCUGGACCUCCAGUCUUCCUAGCCGGGGAGAGAGUUGGUUCUGCUGGGAUUCUGCUGUCUUGGAAUACACCGCCUAAUCCAAACGGGAGAAUUCUGUCUUACAUUGUAAAAUAUAAGGAGGUCUGCCCAUGGUUGCAAACAGCUUACACACACGUGAGAACAAAGCCUGACAGUCUAGAAGUUCUUCUUACAAACCUUAACCCUGGAACAACCUAUGAAAUUAAGGUUGCUGCUGAGAACAGUGCUGGUGUUGGAGUAUUUAGUGACCCGUUUCUCUUCCAAACUGCUGAAAGUGCUCCAGGAAAAGUGGUGAAUCUCACAGUUGAAGCCUUUAACUAUUCUGCUGUAAACCUGAUUUGGUAUUUACCUCGACAACCCAAUGGCAAAAUCACCAGCUUCAAGAUUAGUGUCAAACAUGCCAGAAGUGGGAUUGUAGUAAAAGACGUCUCAAUCAGAGUGGAGGACAUUCUGACUGGGAAAUUACCAGAAUGUAAUGAAAAUAAUGAAUCCUUUCUGUGGAGUACAGCCAGUCCUGCCCCAACCCUUGGGAAAAUCACACCUCCAUCUCGGACCACACCCUCACCAGGCAUGCUGACCCGGAGCAAGAUGAGCUCCGUGUGGAAAGAGCCUAUCAGCUUUGUAGUGACACAGCUGAGACCUUACACAACAUAUCUUUUUGAAGUUUCUGCUGUGACAACUGAAGCAGGCUACAUUGACAGCACCAUUGUCAGAACACCGGAAUCAGUGCCUGAGGGACCACCACAAAAUUGUGUAACUGGAAACAUCACAGCAAAGUCCUUUUCUAUCUCAUGGGACCCACCAACUGUCAUCACAGGGAAGUUCAGUUAUAGAGUCGAACUAUAUGGACCAUCAGGUCGUAUCUUGGAUAACAGCACAAAAGACCUUAAGUUUCCACUCACUAACCUCACACCGUUUACCAUGUAUGACGUCUACGUGGCUGCUGAAACCAGUGUGGGGAUUGGACCCAAGUCAAAUGUUUCCGUAUUCACUCCUCCAGAUGUUCCAGGAGCAGUGUUUGAGUUACAGCUGGCAGAAGUAGAAGCCAUGCAAGUUAGAAUAACGUGGCAGAAACCACUGCAACCAAAUGGAAUCAUCAACCGGUACAGAGUGAAAGUGAGAAUUGCUGAAACAGGAGUGAUUCUGGAAAACACACUGCUCACAGGAAUAGAGGAGUAUAUAAACAACCCUCUGGCUCCAGAAACUGGGGACGUGGAUCCAAUAGCUGGAUUAUUGGAGGGUUCCGCAGAGAUGUCUUCUGACCUGUAUUCUCUUGCUUCAGUUAUAUAUAAUAGCCAUCCACAGAUCACCUUUCCUGCCAGGAACAGAGCUGAUGUGCAUUAUUCAGCUGUCGGAACGACAAGGAAUCAGUACAUCACCAACAUUGCUUCAGAACAGAUGUCUUAUGUUAUCAGGAACCUUGUACCUUUCACCGAGCACAAAAUCAGUGUAUCUGCUUUCACCAUCAUGGGAGAAGGACCACCCACAGUUCUCAGUGUGAGGACACGAGAACAAGUGCCAAGCUCCAUUCACGUUAUUAACUAUAAAAAUAUUAGUUCUUCAUCUAUUCUGUUAUAUUGGGAUCCCCCAGAACACCCUAAUGGAGAAAUCACUCAUUAUACAAUUUACGCCAUGGAACUAGACACAGACAGAGCGUUCCAGAUAAAGACUGGAGAUAACAGCUUCCUCAUAACAGGAUUACAGAAAUAUACACCAUAUAAAAUGAGAGUCGCAGCCUCAACACAUGUUGGAGAAGGUCCUUUAUCUGAAGAAAACGACAUCUUUGUGAGAACUCCAGAAGAUGAACCAGAAUCCUCACCUAAAGAUGUUGAAUUGGUUGAUGUGACGGCCAAUGAAGUAAGCCUGAAGUGGGCACCACCUGAGAAGCCCAAUGGGGUCAUUGUUGCCUAUGAAGUGCUGUGUAACAGUGUAGACACCUUCCUCGUGAAGAACACCUCAACAAAUAGUAUACUGUUAAGAGACUUGCGACCUUUCACCCUCUACAACAUUUCUGUGAGGCCAUAUACCAGAGUUGGCCAUGGCAAUCAGUUAUCUUCCGUCCUCUCCAUAAGGACUUCAGAGACUGUCCCUGGUAGUGCACCACAAAAUAUUACUUACAGAAAUAUUUCUUCUGGGGAGAUUGAACUACUCUUCCUACCCCCGAGUAGUCCCAAUGGAAUCAUUCAAAAAUACACAAUUUAUCUCAAGAGGAGUGAUAGAAAUGAGGAAAAAACUAUAAACACAACCUCACUGACCCAGAGAAUUAAAGGACUGAGCAAGUAUACCCACUAUAUGGUCGAGAUCUCUGCUAGUACACUCAAAGGGGAAGGAGUGCGGAGUGCACCCUUAGAUGUGCUGACCCAGGAGGAUGCUCCUGAUUCUCCCCCCCAAGACUUCUUUGUAAAACAGUUGUCUGGUGUCACUGUGAAGUUGUCAUGGCAACCACCCAUGGAACCAAAUGGCAUUAUCCGCUAUUACACAGUUUAUGUCUGGAAAAGGUCAUCAUUGAAAACUAUAAAUGUGACUGAGACAUCAUUAGAGUUUUCCGAUUUGGACUACAAUGUUGAAUACAGUGCCUAUGUCACAGCCAGCACCAGAUUUGGUGAUGGGAACACAAGAAGCAACAUCAUUACCUUUCGAACUCCUGAGGGAGCACCAAGUGAUCCUCCCAGGGAUGUUCACUAUGAAAAUGUUAGUUCUUCAUCAAUAAGGCUCUUUUGGACACCUCCUUCUAAGCCUAAUGGGAUCAUACAAUAUUAUUCUAUUUAUUACAGAAAUAUUUCAGAUACUUUCAUGAAGAACUUCACAUUCCAUGAAGUAACCCAUGACUUUGACAAUAUGACCGUAUCUGCACUAAUAGAUGAACUGGCAAUAUUCAGCUACUAUACAUUCUGGGUCACAGCAAGCACUUCAGUUGGAAAUGGGAAUAAAAGCAGUGACAUAGUUCAAGUAUACACAGAACAAGACAUGCCGGAAGGGCUCAUUGGAAACCUGACUUACGAGUCCCUUUCAUCCACCACGAUCAACGUGAGCUGGUGCCCUCCGCCUAAACCCAACGGUCUCGUCUUCUACUAUGUUUCCCUGAGCUCCCAGCAGACUCACCAGCUCAUCAGACCACCUCUCAUAACCUAUGAAAGAAGCGCGUACUUCGAUGAUCUGGAGAAAUACACAGAUUACAUAUUAAAAAUCACUCCUUCCACAGAAAAGGGAUUCUCCAGUGCUUACACUACCCAGUUACAUAUCAAAACUGAAGAAGAUGUCCCAGAAACUUCACCAGUCAUCAACACUUUUAAAAACCUUUCCUCUACCUCAGUUCUCUUAGCAUGGGAUCCCCCAGUAAAACCAAAUGGUGCAAUAAUAAGUUAUGACUUAACACUCCAAGGACCAAAUGGAAAUCAGUCUUUUGUCACUUCUGAUCACUUUCUGAUACUGGAAGAGCUUUCACCAUUUACACUAUACAGUUUUUUUGCUGCUGCAAGAACUGUCAAAGGCCCUGGCCCAUCCAAUAUUCUUUUCUUUUACACAGAUGAGUCAGUGCCAUUAGCACCUCCUCAAAAUCUGACUUUAAUCAACUACACUUCAGACUCUGUGUGGCUGAAAUGGAGCCCGAGUCCUGUGCCAGGCGGUUUUGUUAAAGUAUAUAGUUUUAAAAUCCAUGAACAUGAAACUGAUACUGUAUUGUAUAAGAAUAUUUCAGGUUAUCAAACUGAAGUUAAACUGGUUGGAUUGAAACCAGUUAGCACCUAUUCUGUCAGCAUAUCUGCUUUUACCAAAGUCGGAAAUGGCAACCAAUUUAGUAAUGUAGUAAAGUUCACGACCCAAGAAUCAGUUCCAGAUGUUGUGCAGAAUAUGCGGUGUGUGGCAACUAGCUGGCAGUCAGUUUUGCUCACGUGGGAUCCACCCCAAAAGUCAAACGGAGUCAUUACGUAUUACAUGAUAACAGCUGGAGGGAACUCGACAAUGGUCUCCCCUCGAGACAACAUGAGUAUAUUUGUGAGGCUUCUUGCUAACACCUCAUAUGUGUUUAAAGUCAGAGCUUCAACUGCGGCUGGAGAAGGUGACGGAAGCAUGUGCAACGUCAGCACGCUACCUGAAACAGUUCCCAGUGUGCCCACAAACAUUACUGUUUCUAAUGUUCAGUCAACCAGUGCAACCUUGAAAUGGAGGAGACCAGAUGCCAUCCUUGGCUACUUCCAAAAUUACAAGAUCACCACUCAGCUCCAGGCACAGCAAUGCAAAGAAUGGGAAUCAGAAGGAUGCGUUGAACAUCAGAAAAUCCAAUACCUCUGUGAAGCAGAUCUCACUGAAGAGACAGUCUAUGGAUUAAAGAAAUUUCGAUGGUACAGAUUCCGAGUGGCUGCCAGCACCAAUGCUGGUUAUGGCAACGCUACCAACUGGGUUUCUGCACAAACCCUGCCUGGACCUCCAGAUGGGCCUCCUGAAAAUGUCAGUGUAUCAGCAACAUCCCCUUUCAGCCUCAACAUCAGCUGGAGUGAGCCUGCUGUCCUCACUGGCCCAACCUUCUAUCUGGUGGAUGUCAGAUCGGUAGAUAGUGAUGAAUUUAAUAUUUCCAUCAUCAAGUCAAAUGAAGAAAAGAAAACCAUGGAAAUUAAAGAUUUAGAAAUAUUCACGAGGUACUCUGUGGUGAUCACUGCGUUUACUGGAGACAUUAGGGCCGUGUAUGCAGAAGGGAAGUCAAGUACUCCAGUGGUGGUCAGGACUUUGGAAUCAGUCCCGAAGGAUCCACCUAACAACAUGACAUUUCAGAAGAUACCAGAUGAAGUGACAAAGUUCCAGUUAAUGUUCCUUCCUCCUUCUCAGCCUAAUGGGAAAAUCCAAGCAUACCAGGCCUUGGUUUUCCAAGAAGAUGAUCCAACUGCUGUCUGGGUUCACAACCUCAGUAUUAUCCAGAAAACGGACACAUCUGUGGUUGCAAUGUUAGAAGGACUGAAAGGUGGACAUACAUACAAUAUCAGUGUUUAUGCUAUCAAUAGUGCUGGUGCAGGACCAAAGGUUCAGAUGAGAAUAACCAUGGAUAUUAAAGCUCCAGCACGACCCAAAACCAAGCCCAUCCCUAUUUAUGAUGCUACCGGAAAGCUGCUUGUAACCUCCACCACAAUUACAAUCAGAAUGCCCAUCUGCUACUACAGUGACGAUCACGGACCAAUCAAAACCGUGCAAGUGCUGGUAGCAGAAGCAGGAGGUCAACAUGAUGGAAAUGUAACAAAGUGGUACGAUGCCUAUUUUAAUAAACCAAAGCCCUAUUUUACAAAUGAAGGCUUCCCUAACCCCCCGUGCAUAGAAGGCAAGGCUAGGUUUAGCAGAAACGAAGAGAUGUACAUCAUAGGGGCUGACCAUGCGUGCAUGAUUCCUGGCAAUGAAGACAAACUUUGCAAUGGGCCUCUGAAGCCGAAAAGACAGUAUCUAUUUAAAUUUAGAGCCACAAACAUCAUGGGACAGUUUACGGACUCUGAUUAUUCUGACCCUGUGAAGACUCUAGGUGAAGGGCUUUCAGAAAGAACGGUGGAGAUAAUUCUUUCAGUUACUCUGUGCAUCCUGUCAAUCAUUCUUCUGGGAACAGCUAUUUUUGCAUUCACGAGAAUUCGACAGAAGCAGAAAGAAGGAGGUACCUAUUCUCCUCGAGAUGCUGAAAUCAUUGACACUAAAUUCAAACUGGAUCAGCUCAUCACAGUGGCAGACCUGGAACUGAAGGACGAGCGAUUAACGCGAAAGAGUUGUACCAUCAACUCACAAUGCAUUUACCACAAUCUCUGUUGCAGGUUACUUAGUUAUAGAAAAUCCAUCAAGCCAAUCAGUAAGAAAUCCUUCCUGCAACAUGUUGAAGAGCUCUGUGCAAACAACAACCUAAAGUUUCAAGAAGAAUUUUCGGAAUUACCAAAAUUCCUUCAAGAUCUUUCCUCCACUGACGCAGAUCUGCCGUGGAACCGGGCGAAAAAUCGUUUCCCAAACAUAAAACCAUACAAUAACAACAGAGUGAAACUAAUAGCUGAUGUCAGCAUUCCAGGAUCCGAUUACAUUAAUGCCAGCUAUGUUUCUGGCUACUUGUGUCCAAAUGAAUUCAUCGCUACCCAAGGUCCAUUGCCAGGAACCGUUGGGGAUUUUUGGAGAAUGGUGUGGGAGACUAGAGCAAAGACAUUAGUAAUGUUAACACACUGUUUUGAGAAAGGACGGAUCAGAUGUCAUCAGUAUUGGCCAGAAGACAACAAACCCGUUACUGUCUUUGGAGAUAUAGUGAUUACAAAACUAAUGGAGGAUGUUCAAAUAGAUUGGAUCAUCAGAGAUCUGAAAAUUGAACGGCAUGGGGAUUGCAUGACGGUUCGACAGUGUAACUUCACUGCUUGGCCAGAGCAUGGGGUUCCUGAAAACAGUACCCCACUAGUUCACUUUGUGAAGCUGGUUCGAGCUAGUAGAGCUCAUGACACCACACCUAUGAUUGUUCACUGCAGUGCUGGCGUUGGAAGGACUGGGGUUUUUAUUGCUUUGGACCACCUAACACAGCAUAUCAACCAUCACGAUUUUGUGGAUAUCUAUGGACUAGUAGCUGAACUGCGAAGUGAAAGAAUGUGUAUGGUCCAGAACCUGGCACAGUACAUCUUUUUACACCAGUGCAUUCUGGGUAUCCUGUCAAGCAAAGGAAACAGUCAGCCCAUCUGCUUUGUUAACUAUUCAGCGCUUCAAAAGAUGGACUCUCUGGAUGCCAUGGAGGGUGAUGUUGAGCUGGAAUGGGAAGAGACAACUAUGUAAAAAAAAAAAAUCCACACCAAAGAUAACAACGGCAAGAUAAUUUUCAAAUCUCAGGGAUCAAAAAUCACUUCCCUCGUGCUUCUGAUUUGAAUUGUGCAGCCACAGAGGGAACUUUACUUACCGUGCCUUACUUACUGGAGUCAAUGCUUUAGGAGCAAGCAGUUCCAGGAAACAAGUGACUCCAAAUAGUUUGUUGUGUACAGAAUAAAUACGCAUUUUAAAUGUCGAAGAGAAAACAACCCAGAGAUUUUUUGGAAGUUCUUCUUCUUUGAGGAAUGAGCCCAAGUGCAAAUUUCUACAGGGCUUAAUAUUUCAAGAUGAAUUUGCCCUUAACGUAUUUAAACUUAGUCUUGAACAAAAGUUGUAAAUGUUUAUUCAGGGAGUGUUAUUUUGACCUCCGGGGUGUUGACGUUUCUUGUGGAUCACUUCCAAGACUGUCAUAAUGAUCUGUACUCCCAUGUAUGCCUCUGUGUUUGGGAUCCUCUGUCUUAUGAGUGCUGGGAUUCCAUCUCAUGAUCUCCCAACAGCUGAAGCGUCACCCCUUGACACUGCAAGGAUUACUGCACAGCCUUCUGACAGUACACAGUAGCUCUUUGGGGACACAUCAGGCUAUUGCAAUUGCAUUGGGAUCUUUAUGUUGCAAAUAUAUAU